UCCAUGUAAAAAACCCCUUUUUUAUUAAUAAUAUUUUGAGAAAAAUAUUACUCUCUCUGAUUCUUAAUUAACUUUACACUUUCCUUUUUGGGUCGUCCCAUAUUAAACUUUACACUUCCUUAAUUGUCUUAUUUGGCAAACAAAUCUACACCAAACAGUGCAAAACAGUGUCAAACAGUGUACUCUACAGUAAAGUCAAAUUUAUUUCCUUAAUAUGUGUCAGGCCCGGCCCAGCCCAGGUGCAACUGGAGCAGCUGCACAGGGCCUCCAAUUUUGGAGGGCCCCCAAAUUUUUUAAGUGUAGUAGUAUACCUAGGCUAGGCCCAUUAGUAAAGAGUAAUAACUAAUAAUUCGAAAAAAGGCCUGAUCCAAUAAAAACAAAAAAGCCGUCCGCCUCUUUACUUCCCUAACGAGUAACGACGUACCGCGGAAUGGCUAAAUGCCUAAAUCGAAGCGACGAACGGACGAAGACCAAGAAGACUGGGAAUCUGCGAUUGAGAGAAAUCGAAGCGGCGAAACUACUAAAACGUCGGAGAGACUAAUGGACGGAAGCCAUCUGCGAAACCCAGAACCUGCGUAUACUCGCAGAUGAAAGCAGCCGAGUGAGGACUUGAGGCCGAGUUGAGGGUGGGGCGGUGCCGACUGCCGCGGUGGGCAUUGGCAGUUUGGGCGUUUGGCACACAAUCUGUUUGGACUGUUUCAGGACUUCAAUUCAAUCUUCAGGUGUUUUUGUUCCCAUAAUCCCAUUCACAUUUCCUAGUUCAUACUUUGUAAUUGUUAAUUUGGAAUUUUGGAUUCAUCUACAUCUUAUAAUUUAUAAAUUAGAAUUUAAUAAAUUGAUGUUUGAAAAUGGCUCCAAGAGUUAGAAAAUAUGAAUCCGGAUAUGAAAAACGAAUGAAGAAAAAAAAAACAGAUGAGUUUAUUUUAUCUCAAAAAGGAGCUUUAGAAAAUUUUGUUACAAGAGAACCACAAAGUGUUUUUGCGAAUAAAAAUACUUGUGCUAGCGGUGGUGUUGAUGUUGAUGAUAUUGUUGGUGCAACUGAUAAUGAUGUUGAUGUUGAUGAUUGUGUUGGUGCAACUGUUAAUGUUGUUGAUGAUGAUCUUGGUGCAACUGCUAAUGAUAAUGUUGAUGGCAUUGUUAAUUCUAGUUGUGAAUUUGAUGAUAAUGUUGUUGCUAAUGAUGUUUUUGAAAGUAUUGAUAUAUUUGAUCCAAGAAAUUGGGAUGUUCUUGAUUGUAACAUGAUUAAUAAUUUAGUUGAAAAGGGUCCAAUUAGAGAUUUAUCUAUCACUAAGGGUCCUAAAGAUCAAUCAUCAAGAAGGUUUUCAUCUGCAUUUUACACUAGAAUUUUAUCAAAUAGAGAGAAGUGUGAUAGAGAAUGGUUAGUUUAUUCAAAGGAAAUUGAUAAAGUUUUUUGUUUUUGCUGUAAAAUAUUUAAAAAAGGGAUUGGUAGAAAUCAAUUAGCGAAUGAGAGAUUUGGAGAUUGGACACAUGUUACCACUAGGCUUAGAGAACAUGAAUGUAGUGCUGAACAUCUUAAAAAUAUGACUACAUGGUAUGAUUUGCGUUAAGAUUGCAGAAAAAUCAAACGAUUGAUAAAACUUCUCAAAAACUUUUUGAAAAAGAAAAAGAGCAUUGGAGAAAGAUGUUGUUGAGAAUUGUUUCGGUGGUGAAAUUUCUUGCUAAACAUAAUCUUGCAUUUCGUGGUACGAAUGAGAAGUUGUAUCAAAACAGUAAUGGAAAUUUUUUGGGCUUAAUUGAGAUGUUGGCAGAGUUUGACCCUGUUGUUCAAGAACAUGUUCAACGUAUUAAAAAUGAUGAAAUUCAUUAUCAUUAUCUAGGGCAUAGGAUCCAAAACGAGUUAAUACUCUUGCUUGGUUCUCAAAUUAAAUAUGUAAUUAUUGAAAAAAUCAAACAAGC